AUGGCAAGAGAAGUGCCGAAUAUAGUAGUUGUUAAUGAGGAAUGUACAAGGUGGAAACCACCGACAGCGAAGUGGUGGAAGGUAAACACGGAUGCGGCGGUAGGGGAAGGAAGGAUUGGGAUGGAUAUGGUAGUGAGGGAUCAUUAUGCCUUCGAUGCGGGUUAUAGGAAAGUGGAAUUCGAAACAGAUUGUAGCAACUUGGUGGAGCUCCUUAAUGGCAGAAAGAAGGAAAGAUCAGUAACCCAGAUGGUAGUAAAGGAUAUUCUUGAAUUAGUUAAAUUAUUUGAAGCUUGUACGUUUAAUUUUGCAAAGAGACAAUGUAAUAAGGUGGCACACGCCAUGGCUAAGGCAUCCCUUCUCUUCGAGGACGUCUUAGUGUGGAUGGAUUAA